CUAUCGGUCCAUCGCAUAUCGUAUUCGGCCGCACCCGGCGAGCUUCGCGUCUCUCCGCGCGUUCCCACUACCGCUGGUAGUGGCCGCCUAAGCCGUCGAGAGCGAAAAUGUUAAUUCGCUGCUACUGGUGAUUCACGCUGUCACGCGUCGAUUGUCUGUUCAUCCCGUCCCACCGAGAGACGAUCGACGAGCCUCGGUUCUACUCAAGCAGAUGAAAUGAUGGAAGAACCAUUGAGUCAAGACGCUUCGCCUGCCAGCGAUGGUAAUUUCUCAGCGGUUGGUGGUGAUCUCAACUCAUCCAGUACCAUAGUUAGCCUGGAUGAGAGAAUACUAGACAUCACGUCGCGACACACUUUGAAUGUCCUACGGACACCGUUGACUAAAAAGGCCAAGCGCGUCCGCUUCUUUCGCAAUGGCGACAAAUAUUACACUGGUGUAGUAAUGGCGGUGACACCUGAACGAUAUCGCAGUUUCGAUAGCCUCGCGUCCGACCUAACGCGUGCCUUAGUAUCCAGUGUGACCUUGCCGAAUGGUGUUCGCGCCAUUUAUACAAUGGACGGUCGCAAAGUGCAGAGCGUGAGCGAUCUGGAAGAUGGUAAAUGCUACGUGGUAUCUGGUCAAGGUGAAAUCUUCAAGAAGGUGGAAUACUCGUCAUCCAAGGUCAGACGCGGCAGCUCCCUGUCGGGGCUGCCGCAGUCACCGGCAGCUGGUAUUAGUAGUAGUACCGGUAGGCAGACCAGCGCGAUCCCGCUGUGCGUCAAGGCACGCAUAGUGACGCUGAUUCGCCAUGGUACCAAGCCGCGCAAGGUUCUACGACUGUUGCUCAACAAACGUAAUGCGCCUAGUCUUGAACAUGCAAUGGAGGCGAUCACGGAGGCUGUGAAGCUCGAUUCUGGAGCGGUGAGAAAGGUUUACACGUUGUCGGGUCAGCAGAUCACCUCGCUCGAGCAGUUCUUCGAGAACGACGACAUUUUCGUGGCGUACGGCCCGGAGAAGUCCGCCCAAGAAGACUUCGAGCUGGACUUUGAGGAGACCAAAUGCGUGCAGAGCUUCCGACGAUGUCUCUGGAGUUCCAAGCGUCAGAGCGGCCCGAUGCCGAGGAUGCCGAGAAAGUCUGGCAAGAAGACGCUCACCACACCGCAAGUCAGGACCCCCAGUCCGUCGUCCUCGAUAUUACCGCAACCGUUGAGGCUGCACUACGCCGUGGGUCAUAUCAUCGGUGAAGGGAACUUUGCCGUCGUUAGGCAUUGUAUUCACAAGUCUACCGGUGCGGAAUACGCUAUAAAAAUCGUGGACAUGUAUAGGUGUCAAGGCAAGGAGAUGUUGGCGAGCGAAGUGGCGAUCCUGAGGCAAGUUUGCCAUCCAAAUAUAAUCAGUUUGAUCGCGGAACAGGAGACCGCUAAUCAAUUGUUUUUAGUUAUGGAACUCGUAAAGGGCGGAGAUUUGUUCGAUGCGAUCGCAGCUGCGACAAAAUUCUCAGAAGUGGAAGCAAGUGUGAUGAUCGGUCACCUCACGUCCGCCCUGGCUUAUCUGCACUCGCAUCAUAUUGUUCAUCGUGACGUGAAACCCGAGAACCUUCUGGUCGAGAUGGACGGCAGUCACGUUAAGUGCUUGAAACUGGGCGAUUUCGGACUCGCGCAGAUAGUUCGAGAGCCUCUAUACACCGUCUGCGGUACACCAACUUACGUAGCCCCGGAAAUUCUCGCAGAAACCGGAUACGGCUUGAAGAUCGACGUAUGGGCGGCUGGAGUAAUCCUAUAUAUCCUUUUGUGCGGCUUUCCGCCGUUCGUCUCACCGGAGAACGAACAGGAAGAGCUAUUUGAACGUAUUCUGAGCGGACAGUAUGAGUUCACAUCGCCAUAUUGGGACACGAUAUCCGACUCUGCGAAGCAGCUCAUCUCGAAUAUGCUGCAGGCGCAGCCCGAGCUUCGUUUCAGCGCCGAAGACGUGCUGGAUCAUCCGUGGCUCGCGCAGAGCUUUCUAGGAGGCGAGCAGACCGCAGCAUCAGCAUCCACCGGCGCGGCGGAGCAACACCGGGAUCAGCAGCGUAAGCCGAUAAGACUAGCGACCUUUGAGUUCGACUUUAAGAAGCAGCGCGGCAACCGACAGGACUCGCCGAACACGGAGGCUGUUAGGACGAGCGCGAGGGCCGAAUGGAAGCGAGACAGUGUUGCCGUCAAACCCCGAAAUGAAUCGUCGAAAGAGCGAGAAGACUGCGACGAGAUCGAUUUUGCCAAUGGCAAUCGCAGGGAAGAAGAGAAAGAAGUGGAAGAGAUCGAUGACGGCGAUGAUAACGAUGAUUUGAUAUUUCUCGAUUCCGACUCGCUACAGGACAUUCAUAGUCUCAGCCGUUCGAUGCACGAUCUGAUAAACAACCUGAACGAAAACAAUACAUCACGAUGUCGUUUAACAUCGCGCAGCGCCGCAUCGUCAUUCAACAGCAUACCGGAGAAUUUCAACUCGUCGCUGCGAGACGAUGACUCGAAACUGGCGUACAAUUAUCACAGUAACUCGUCGAUUCGUUGCGAGGAAGAGAUUGCCGAGAAUUGUCCGAAAACUCCCAGAAACUACCAGGGCGAUAACGGAAACACAUCAAAGACACCCAAAUAUUCCGACAUUCAGUACGAAACUCCCAAGUUAUCGUCCAACCGUUCUCUUGUUGACAGCAACGGAAGAAGAUACAACCGGAAAAACCUGUUCGACGACUUCCGCAACAGCAAUGUAUCGGCCGCUGUCGUAUCGACGUCCAGCGAAAGCAGCUUGUCCCAUAGCUCAAUCGGUGGUAACGACAUUGAGACCUCCGAUAGCUUUGUGAAUAUUCAGUUUGCGCGACUGGCGCACGAUCAAAGAUCGAACUCGACACAGAGCAUGGAGUCGACCGACAGCUUCGAGAACGUGAGCUUCCGGUAUGCUGGCAAUGCCAACGACAAUGGUCGUCUCUCAGCAGCGGAUCAACCGAUUCCUCCGAAACUCACGACGCACGGCAAUUAUCAGCAAUCUGCCGCCAAGAAGCCGCAAACUCGAAUCGUCACUCUCAACUCGACGUCGAGAUCAGCCAAGCUGGACAAUCAAACCGAGGGGAAGACUUGUGGCAAUCCGAGAGUUCAGGAAAUGAAAUGCGCGAGGAACGAGCCAGUCAAGUUGCGACACGAGAGAUACAUAGGUAGAAAGAGUCAAGUAGACCCCAAGAACGCGGGCAAGAGUAAGAGAUACAGCUGCUUUUCAUCGUGUGCCGCCAAGAAGUCAUUGGAGACGGUCGGUGACGACAAGGUGGUGACGCGCAAGUUUAACUCUACGGACGAGCUGAGAGAAGCCGCCGAGCGGCAGAAACCGAUGGCGAGUAAGACGAAACGGUUCAGCCUAUAUUAUACGCCGCAACCGUUAAGAAAGACCUAUCUCGAAGGGGAGACCAGAGCUGGGAGGAUCGCGUGCAAAUCAACGGCUCGUGUCAAUAAGUCCGUGACGGAAACGAGCAAAGACGACGAGGCAGAGAAAACGGAGAAGAGUCGGAAAUCAAUGGUGGACGCUUCGACGAUCGCCAGCAGAAGCAAGUCUAGCCGACAGAACGUUCAAGUGCGGCCGAGUGUGGUGAACGCGAGUAUAAUCACGAGUAGGACAAAGUGAUGAUACGGUUGGCAAUCGACGGGUUUAUCGUAUUUUGGGCUGUGCCGAUCUUUAAUCACCACUGGACAGGACGCUGGACGAGAGCGACAGAGUCCAAUGGUGUGAUCAAGCGCUUGAAAUAACCGAAAAGGCAAUUGUUGAGAGAGAGAGACCUUCCUUCUACUACAUAAUUCUGUGCGCGCGUUUGAGAAGCAUAUUACGUUGCAUGAAGUUUUGAUAAAUUGCACGUGGAAGAAUUAUAGUAAGGUUAGCGAGAGAAGCGAGAGAAAGGGGAAAGGAGAUUUAUGAAAUAUAUUUAAUUCUUAAGAAAAUAUCUAUUAAACUUAUUACUUCGGAUCCCCCUCUAGGUUCUCUCCAAUUGCAAAGUCUGUUUUAAGAUAACAUAGAGCACUCAACACGCGGGACAAGACGGUACGAAGCCAUUCUUUUAACUUGCGUAUAUUUUCAUAGAAAAUUUCCAUUGCUGUUGCUGUGAAAAUUGAAUAACCGAGGAAGACCAAAGACGGUUAGUGGCUGAAACAUUUUUAACGAACAUAGUAAUACCAGGUUAGAAGUUGUGCAAAAAUUGUACUUUCCAGUAUUAUUUUAUCGAGUUAAUCGGAAGGAUAUUUUAGCAAUUAAUCCCGGUUGCAAUCAUCCUUUUCUAGAGAGAGAGAGAGAGAGAGAGAGAGAGAGCGAGCGAGCGAGCGAUGCUAGUUUAGAGUUAGAAUAAGAACACAGUUAACCGCGAUCAACAUUGACUGAUGUUGAUACAACCUGAAUCGUCCUAAAAUCAUGUCGGCACUGUAAAAAUUAAGUCGAAUACGAGUGGUGAUGAUCGAAAUUUGUUGAACAUUUGGGCGAAUUUCGAAAUAAGAACAAAACAUGCCAAAUGCAUUUAAGUAGGUUAUUUUAUAUCAGAUGUCUACGUAAGUCUAGAUGUAGAUGAAACGCAAAAAUAGGUGAAAGAGUAUUCAAUCGACCCUUUCAACUUCGUGAUGCGGAAUAAGUUUUAAUUAGAUGCGUGUUGAUGUACAAAACCAAUCCAAGAGUUUAUUUUUUAAAAUCAUUUUGAGUCCGUAUUUCAAAAGGAAACAAAAAUAUAAAUUCAACAGUAUAAUAUGUGUGUGUGUUUAGAUUUAUUUGUGAAAAAUUCAAUUGUAACACGUCCUUUUAUUUUAGACGCACAUACAUAUACUUUAUAAUCUUUGUUAAAUAUGGUUUAUCAAGACGAUUUAGAAAUAAGCUCACUAAUAUUAUACGGAGGUUUUUUAGGACUUACAGUUAUUUAUUUAUUCUGUUUGUACAUUUUACGAAAGAAAUUUGUUCUAGAUAGAAGUAAGUUUUGCAAUUUUAGACCGAAAGAUUAGGAUUUAAACCAAAAAUUCCCUCGGAGAGUAGAAUGUAUGGUCGAAAGAUUUAAAUUAGUAGAUAAGAGAAUUAAAUUUGAUUUUCGAUAGAAUGCGAAUGAUUAACAAUUGGCGAUUAGCAAUUAGUGAUUAGCGAUUAGCGAUUAGCGAUUAGCGAUUGGAGACUUAUCGAGACAAAGGGCGACAAAUGGUAUAAUUCUGAGAUGCCCCAGAUAAACGCAGUGCAUAAUUAAAUUUGCUCAAGGAAGGGCGAGAAAACAAUUAUUUUUAUAAAAGUGCCGUCGAAUUACGGAAUCGUACAAGCAAUAAUAAAAGACGACGAUAGAAAUUGACGGAGAAGAGCACAUACUGCGCAAGGAGAGAGACAGAGAGAGAGAGAGAGAGAGAGAGAGAGAGAGAGACGACUAUUAU